GUCACAUUUCUGUGAUCACUCCUCCAAGGCGGCGCUCAGAAUAAACUACAAUCGUCAUGUGUUCAUUUGCCUAGGGAUACAGUUCGAGAACAAUUGCAGGAGUGAUCGGCGUAUCCUCAAUGGUUGUCUUCACGAUAAGGAAAACGCACAGAACAAAAUGGGCGCUUUUUUGUCUUUCUUUAUUUGUUGUCAUCACUUACAGAUGUUUCAGCACUGUGCCAGUUAGCAGGAAAGUCGGACUGAGCGCCAACUCGUCCCAAUUCACCUUUAAUGGUGAGCCCUUCCGUAUCCUCGGAGGUUCCAUCCACUACUUUCGUGUGCCUAGGGCCUACUGGAGGGACCGCUUAAUGAAAAUGAAAGCUUGUGGCAUCAACACUCUCACCACUUCUGUGCCAUGGAACCUGCAUCAGCCACAGAGAAAGAUCUUCAACUUCGACAUGGAGCUGGAUUUAGAAGCUUAUAUCAAUCUUGCAGCCGAAAUGGGUUUGUGGGUGAUUCUACGCCCAGGGCCCUACAUCUCUUCUGAGCUGGACCUAGGGGGGCUGCCAAGCUGGCUUCUCCAAGACGAUAACAUGAAAUUGAGGACAACAUACCAUGGAUUUACUGAGGCAGUCGAAAUUUUUUGGAACAAACUUAUACCAAAAGUUGUCCCUUUGCAGUUUAAGAAUGGUGGUCCCAUCAUUGCUGUUCAGGUUGAAAAUGAAUACGGGUCUUUUGCCAAGGAUGAUGAUUACAUGCCUUUCAUUAAAGAGGCUCUGCAGUCCAGAGGAAUUUCUGAACUACUGCUCACAUCACACAACCACAACACAAUCAAGUCAGGGGGUGUAGAGGGAGCCUUGAGAUCAUUGAAGUUGCAGAAAUUAAAUCAAAGAGACAUUCAAAAUCUGAACAUAAUCCAGCCAAACCGACCAACAAUAGUGAUGGACUACUGUACAGGCUGGUAUGAUGUGUGGGGUGAGCUCCACCACGUGCUCCCACCAGAGGAUGCGAUAUCAACAGUUAUACAGAUUUUGAGGCUUGGAAUGUCUAUCAACCUCUACAUGUUUCAUGGAGGCUCCAGUUUUGGCUUUAUGAGUGGAGGUGUGGCUGAACCUUACUACAAAGCAUUGGUGACUAGUUACGAUUAUGAUGCCCCCUUGUCAGAAGCUGGAGAGUACACUCAGAAGUACCAUCUCCUCAGAAAUGUGUUCACUGAAUUCCACAGUAAAAGUUUACCCGAGAUGCCAAAUCUACAACAUAAGCAAGCUUAUGAACAAGUCAUUAUGUACCAGCACAUGUCCUUAUGGGAUGCUUUGACAUUUACUGAGGGACCAUUUCAGUCACACGUGCCAAUCAGCAUGGAGAAUAUACCAACAAACAACAUGAAUGGACAAUCGUAUGGAUACACGCUGUAUGAGACAACCAUAACCACUGGAGGCUUAUUGACGUCAGGAGACAAUGUUAAAGAUCGUGCCACUGUUUUCGUAAAUAAAGAUUACAUCGGGAUUUUCAAACGGCAGAAUUUGAAGUUGGACAUUCCAGAUGGCGAGGGCCAGCGGACUUUAAGUUUAUUGGUGGAAAACUGUGGACGAGUUAACCGGGGAAGGAACCUUGACAAGCAACGUAAAGGUCUUGUAGGGGACAUUUUCUUGAACAAUAUCCCAUUACGGGAUUUUACAAUAUACAGCUUGGAAAUGAAACCCGACUUCAUUUCUAAUCUCUAUCAGGCCCCUUGGAAAGAGCUUCCUAUACGUCCAAGUUUCCCUUCUUUUUUCAUGGGCCAGCUCUCGACCUACGGGUAUUCCUUCGAUACAUUUGUGAAAUUGCCAGGUUGGGUUAAAGGUGUUGUGUUUAUCAAUGGGAUAAACUUGGGACGCUACUGGUCCAUUGGACCCCAACAGACACUCUAUGUCCCUGGUCCACUUAUCAACAGGAGAGUCAACCAUGUCAUUGUGUUUGAAGAGCAAGAAUGUGACUACAUACUCAAUUUUCUCGACACAGCAGAUCUUGGCAUGGAACAAGACAUCCAGUGACUCAUCAACAUCUUGUUACUUUGUAUACUGUAUGAGAUGUAUUUUAAAGUGGUGUACAAUAUUUUAGAUUAACCAUCCAUAAAUUAAUUUAAAUGACAUUUGAAGAGGCUUUUCCUGUUUACUACCGGGCAGUUUGAGAUGGGUAUACGGUACAGGGAGACAGUUUAGCUUAUCUUUACAGCACUAAUACUGUAUAAGUUCUAUAAAGCACAUAUGGAAUGUAUACAGUGCUGGCCAAAACUAUUGGCAUCCCUGAAAUUCUGUCAUCUAAUGCUCAAUUUCUCCCAGAAAAUUAUUGCAAUCACGAAUGCUUUGAUUGUAAUAGCUUCAUUUAUUUUUUAUUGCAAUGAAAAAACACAAAAGAGAAUGGGAAAAAAAUUAAAUCAUUAUCAUUUUACA